CUGUGACCUGAGGCAGCUGCAGAAGGGGACAAAGAGGAAUCUGUGGGUUCCAGACUGUCUAGUGCCCCCUGACCAGGGAGCAGGUGGACCCACUGACCGGCGCACCCAGGGUUAGGGUGCAGACCUGUUGGCAGGCUGGGGGCCGGCCUAGAAGUGCUCAGCAGCGAAACGACCCAGCGUCCCACGUUGUACAACACAGUCAUCUCGGGAUCUACCUAGACCAGCAAUGCCCGGGGCGCGCAGCCUCCUGCUGCAGCCUUGUUCCCGGAGUCUCUUUCCUCCCCGGGCCUCAGUCUGACGCCCAUAGCCCUUCGCAGGAAGCCGACUCCCAAACCCGGGCCGGGGGUGUGGGCCGAGGACGAAACCCCGCCCCCAGGGGUCCCUGAUCUUUGCCCCCGCCCCGGGCUCCGCGCCUCCCCUGAUGGCCACCGGCAGGCGGGCGCCUUUGCCUUUUGUGUGUUUCGUUCCGAGGUGCCAGAGACCCCCCGCCCAGCCGUCCGCCGAGUCUCCUCGCGGCCCCGUGCCCCUCCUCUCGGAGUCCCCAGCCCCCCUGCUCGGCUCCGCGUGCCAGCUCGGGGCUCGCUGGUUCGCUCCCCGCGGCGCCAGGAGGAGGGGCGAGGGCCGGCAGCCCCCUCCCCCGCGCUCGGCGCCGGAGCCUAGCCGAGCCGGGGGGACCCGCCGCUGCCGGUCAUGUGGGCCGGAUUGCUCCUCCGGGCCGCCUGCGUCGCGCUCCUGCUGCCGGGGACCCCGGCCCGUGGCUACACCGGGAGGAAGACGCCCGGGCACUUCGGGGCCGAGAGACACCGACGAAUGCCUUGGGACCCCCUGCCAGCAGAGAUGUAAAAACAGCAUUGGCAGCUACAGGUGUUCCUGUAGAACUGGCUUCCAUCUGCACGGCAACCGGCACUCCUGUGUAGAUGUAAACGAGUGUCGGAGGCCACUGGAGAGGCGAGUCUGUCACCAUUCUUGCCAUAACACCGUGGGCAGCUUCCUGUGCACCUGCCGACCUGGCUUCAGGCUCCGAGCUGACCGAGUGUCGUGUGAAGCUUUCCCCAAAGCCGUGCUGGCCCCAUCUGCCAUCCUGCAGCCCCUGCAGCACCCCCCUAAGAUGCUACUGCUGCUUCCAGAGGCAGGCCGGCCCGCCCUCUCCCCAGGGCACAGCCCUCCUUCUGGGGCUCCAGGGCCCGCAACUGGAGUCAGGACCACACGACUGCCAUCUCCCACACCUGCACUACCCACGUCCUCUGCUUCUGCCCUGACGCAGCUACUGUCUGCCCCAAUGGCCACCCCAGUGCCUAGUCCCUCUCCGUUGGGGACCCUCAGACCUCCCUCACGAAUCCAGGAGAAGGUGGUGGUGACCCCUUCCUUGCCCAGGGGCCCUGAGGCCACACAGCUGGCACCAGGGCCCUCUGCCUGUUGGCACCUGGGAGCCAUGCAUGAGUCCGGGAGCCGCUGGACAGAGCCUGGCUGUUCCCAGUGCUGGUGCGAGGAUGGGGAGGUGACCUGUGAAAAGGUGACGUGUGAAGCUGCUUGUUCUCACCCGAUUCCCUCCGGAGAUGGGGGAUGCUGUCCAUUGUGUACAGGCUGUUUUCACAGUGGCGUCAUCCGGGCUGAAGGGGACGUGUUUUCACCUCCCAACCAGAACUGCACUGUCUGUGUCUGUCUGGCUGGAAAUGUGUCCUGCAUCUCCCCCGAGUGUCCUCCCGGCCCCUGUCAGGCCUCCCUGAAGUCGGAUUGCUGUACUUGUGUGCCAGUGAGAUGCUAUUUCCAUGGCCAGUGGUAUGCAGACGGGGCUGUGUUCAGUGGUGGUGGUGACGAGUGUACCACCUGUGUCUGCCAGAAUGGGGAGGUGGAAUGUUCCUUCACGCCAUGUCCAGAACUGGAUUGCCCCCGUGAGGAGUGGUGGCUGGGCCCUGGGCAGUGCUGCUUCACCUGCAGGGAACCCGCACCCAUGACAGGCUGCUCUCUGGACGACAACGGGGUUGAGUUUCCGGUCGGACAGAUCUGGUCUCCCGGUGACCCCUGUGAGUUAUGCAUCUGCCAGGCAGAUGGUUCAGUGAGCUGCAAGAGGACAGACUGUGUGGACUCCUGCCCUCACCCGAUUCGGAUCCCCGGGCAGUGCUGCCCUGACUGUUCAGCAGGCUGCACCUACACAGGUAGAAUCUUCUACAAUAACCAGACCUUCCCGUCCGUGCUGGACCCGUGUCUGAGCUGCAUCUGCCUGCUGGGUUCGGUGGCCUGCUCGCCCGUGGACUGCCCCAUCACCUGCUCCUACCCUUUCCACCCGGACGGGGAGUGCUGUCCAGUGUGCCGAGACUGCAACUACGAGGGGAGGAAGGUGGGGAACGGCCAGGUGUUCACCUUGGACGAUGAGCCCUGUACCCAGUGCAUAUGCCAGCUGGGAGAGGUGAGCUGCGAGAAGACGCCCUGCCAGCAGGCCUGCUCGGACCCCUCCACGCCCCCCAGGGACUGCUGCUCCUUCUGUCCAGAUUCCCUGGAAGAAAGCCGGGGUCUCUCCCCUCGUGGAGACGUUGAGCUCAGCAAAGUGGCCCGGACCCCCCGUGGAGACCCUGAGGCCCUGCUCAACUGCAGCUCCUGCCCGGGGCCCCCAGCGGUGUCACCUCGGAGGCCAGCGCUGCAGCUCCUCCAGCUCCUCCUGAGAACAAACCUGUCUGACAUGCAGACUAUACCCGAGCCUCCUCUCUACCUCCGGCCUCUCCCGGGGCUCCCGGGCCACCUCCUGUUACUCCAGAGCCCUCGUCCUCGGCCUCCGGGGCCCACACAGCAUCCAGACAGCCUUCUCUGCCUGCCACCAUCCGGCGUAGAGCCUCAGCCCUUUCCACGAUGGGCCCCAGCCCCUCAGAGCCCCCCGUCGCUAUCCUCAGGCCUCACAGGCUCUCUCCAGCCGCCUCCAGACUCUCUGCAGCCCUUGCAGCCACGGCCAGCCCUGGCCCCCAGGAGCCCACCAUGGGGCCCUCACAGGAGGAGUCCACAGUGUAAGCAGGACUCCGUUGCAGGGCCGUGCCCGGGAGACGCCAGACAGAGAAGGCUCUGCCAGAGGCCCUGGGAGCUUGCAGGGUGGCUCUGGGGGCCAGUGAGGCUGCCGACUCCUUCAGGACCCCUGGCGGGGAUGGAAAACCCUCAGGGCCCGAUGUAGCCUUGCUCCCAAGAAGCAUCUGGGAUGUGUUGUGAGACUCCAGCAACACGUUCUCCACCGUCAGCAUCCUCCCUGGACUGCGUGGGCCGCCUGUCUUCUGAGAAAGGUUGGGGCAGCUGAGUCCCUCCUCUGGAGCAGGAGGGUCCGAGGGGCCUGGGAUUCCACUGAGAUUGUGCCACCAGCUGUCAUGUGUCCUCACCCGAGGUUUCCUGAUUAAAAUCUGUCUCGGUCUCCCCCAGG